AUGUCCACACUUACCACAACCACAUUGAAAUCUGCAUACCCACCUAUUUUACCACCUCCAUUCACAGCCAAUCAACCACCGACCAUCAGGUUAUACCCGCUUUCGAACUACACGUUUGGCACGAAAGAAACCCAACCGGAGGAGGAUCCCUCAGUCGCAGCCCGGUUAAAGAGACUGGAAGAACACUAUCAAAAUUAUGGCAUGAGACGAACAUGCGAGGGCAUCUUGGUCUGUCACGAAUACAACCACCCGCAUGUGCUCAUGCUGCAGAUUGCCAACGCCUUUUUCAAACUGCCCGGGGACUAUCUUCCUCAUGAUGCAGACGAGAUUGAAGGCUUCAAAAUGCGGCUCAACGAGAGGUUGGCACCCACAAACCCGAAAGAAGGGGACACGGAAUGGGAGGUGGGAGACUGUAUCGCGCAAUGGUGGCGUCCCAAUUACGAAACCUUUCUCUACCCAUUCCUCCCGGCCCACGUCUCGCGCCCCAAAGAAUUGAAGAAACUCUACCUGAUUCACCUCCCGCCCAACAAGGUGCUCAGUGUGCCCAAAAACAUGAAACUGCUGGCCGUCCCCCUGUUCGAGCUGUACGAUAACACCGCACGCUAUGGGCCGCAGUUGAGCGCCAUCCCACACUACCUGUCACGGUAUAGAUUUGAGUUCGUCGACGAGGACGGGAAUGUUUCGAGUGUCAUGCCCGGUGCAGGCGCCUUACCUGGACCAGAUGGAAAGAUCGAAAUCAAGGUCUUGGCCGAAGGAGACGUAAAGGAGGAGGUGGAGAAUGGCCAUUGA